AUGCCACAGCCUCGACUCAAGAGUCACUGUGUGCUGCGCUCCGUCUGUCCUCUGCCUGCUUCAUGCUUUGUUCCCUCUGUCACUCUGUCCCUUGGUCCCACUGUCCCCCUCUCCAUCCGUCGCCCUGUCCAUCUGUCCCUCUCUCCCCUGUCCCCUGCGCAUCUGUCCGUCGCAGCUCUCCUUUUACGACCAUCUCCUUGCAACAGCCACAGAGCAGCACAUGACGUUCAACCAGGCAGUCGCUUUCUACCAGGUACCAUCCACCGCUCUCCUUCCACCUGCUCGCUCCUCGUGCUCGCCCUGUCUGCUCGUUUUCAAAGCUCGCCCGCUCCAUGUCCUCUCAUCCCUCCUGCUCGCCGCCCUGUUAUGUUCAAGUCCGUCCCGCUUGCCUCCCCUGCUCCCUCCCUCUUUCCUGCUCCUUCUCCGAACCAACGCUUUCAGGGGAACUUUCAGUCGUUCACUCCAAUCCACACGUGGAAGCAGCUCAGCGCCAAGUACAAUGCCAUCUAUGACAGGGCAGUGGAGGUGACCCGAAAGGGGCUGCUGGAAGGGCAGGAGGCACGGGACGAGGAUGGCAACGUCAUUCCUGUCCCCCGCGAUACUUACGGACCCAAGAUAGAGGCAGCAAAGGGCCACGCGGGGCUGUAUGAUGCAAUUGGUCGGGACUUCUAUCUGCGCCUGCCCUUGCACAGCAUGGCCAACCCCGGUGGUGGUGCUAGUGGUGGUGCUAGUGGUGGUGCUAGUGGUGGUGCUAGUGGUGGUGCUAGUGGUGGUGCUAGUGGUGGUGCUAGUGGUGGUGCUAGUGGUGGUGCUAGUGGUGGUGCUAGUGGUGGUGCUAGUGGUGGUGCUAGUGGUGGUGCUAGUGGUGGUGCUAGUGGUGGUGCUAGUGGUGGUGCUAGUGGUGGUGCUAGUGGUGGUGCUAGUGUUGGUGCUAGUGGUGGUGCUAGUGGUGGUGCUAGUGGUGGUGCUAGUGGUGGUGCUAGUGGUGGUGCUAGUGGUGGUGCUAGUGGUGGUGCUAGUGGUGGUGCUAGUGGUGCAGCAGUGCUAGAUCUGCCCACGAGGGCCAUGGACAGCAGCCUGUACCAGCAGCGCAUUCGGGAGAACAUUCUGCGCAUCAGCUACUACUGGUUCCAGCUCAUGCCGCUGUCCCGCGGGUCCGCCAUGGUGGGGCUUGUUUCCAUCCUUGGGCUCUCCAUGGCUGCUGACAUGGAAACCACUGCACGCAUCCCAAGGGAUGUCCUGGUGAGUCCAGUCUAUUGCUGCUGGUAA